AUGAGAAAAACAGAAAGUGGUAAUUUACAAAAUAUGAAUAAAAAUAUAAAUCAAGAACGACUUGCUUAUGUUAUGACAUGUUUGAUUGGGAAUGAAGUAAAUGUACAUAUGAAAGAUGGAAAUGAAAUAAAAGGUUUAUUUCAUGCUUAUAAUUCUACCAUAAAAGAUGAUAAAAAAGAAGUAGAUAUAUCUUUAAAUUAUGCAAGAAUAUUACCAAAAAAUGAUAAAGUUAGUGGACCAAUAAAUAAAGCAAUGAUUAUACCAGAAAAUUUAUUUACAAUAAUUAUUGGUAAAAAUAUUAAUCUUGAUUUAAAAGAUCCAGAUGAAAUUAAGAACGUAAAAGAAAAAUUUAAAAUUGAUGCAGAUAUAUCUGAAAAGAAAAAAUUAAAUUCAAAUACAGCUAACAGAGAAUUAAAAAGAUGGAUAUGUGAUAAUAAUGAUUUUGAUGAUAGUAAAUUAAAAUUAGAUGAUGAUUUAAAUGAACCAUGGGAUCAAUUUGAACAUAAUAGAAAAUUAUAUGGAGUAACAACAACAUAUAAAGAAGAAAUUUACACUACCAAUCUAGAUAUAAAUAAAAUUCCUCAUCAUGUUAAAAUUCAAGCAGAUAAAAUUGCUAAAGAAUUAGAAUAUAGAGGAAUGCAUUUAGAUCCGGAAGAUGCAGAAAGAGAUAAUAAAGAAUUAGAUGAAGAAGAUUUAUUUGGUGCCGUUAGACAAAACAAAGAAAAAUUUGCAAAAAACCAAAAAUUUAAAAAAGACGAUAAUAAAAAUAAAUCAUAUCAAGGAAAAUUUCAUCAUUUGACAAUUAAAGAUUUAAAGGAAAAAAUUCAAUUAGUUAAAAAAGAAAAUGAAAAAAAAUAUCCAACAAACAAGCAAAAAAAAAUAAAUUUUACGAUAUCUUCUUCGAAUGAUGAAAAUAAUUCAACCAAUAAGAAAAAUAAAGUUUCAUCAAAGAAUCCAAUUAAUAAAAACUCAGAGUUUAUUGGUAUAAAUGCUUUAAACUUAGAGCCUGCUUUACCAAAACUUGAUGAAAAAACAAGAACUGAAUGGAUAAUGUUCAAAAAUCAAACAAAAAAUAAAACAAAUAAAAAAGACAAAACAACUGAAAAACAAGAAUUUAUAACAGCUUCAAGAGAAUUUAAUGAAAAAUUAGCCAAUAAAAUUAAUUUAAAUAAAAAGGAAACAAAUACAAAAUCAAAUAAAGAAAAUUCAGGAUUGAACCAUUUAUCUAUUGAUAACCAAAAAAAUGUGUCCAAUAUUACAGAAAGUUCAAAAUAUAAUAACAUAAAUGAAUUAGAUGAAAAUAAAAUGACAGGAAGUGGUACUAUGUUAAAUAAUAAUAUGAAUUUUAAUAAUUCCAACUUUAAUGCAAAUGUUAUGUUAAAUAAUCCCAGUUUACGUCCAUAUGAUCCCUACUUUUUAAAUUUUAACAAUUUUAAUAACAUGAAAAAUAACAUGAUUGCUCAUAAUAUUGAUUAUUAUCAAAAUUUAUCGUUAAUGCCUGAAUCACAAAAUCAAAUAUAUCCAUGUGCAGAUCCACAUUUGUAUAAAAAUGGUGGAAUUCGAUCUAUAUAUCCUCAUAAUCAUAUGGAAGGAUUUAAAUCCAAUUUUCACAUAAAUCCUCAACUUCUUCAUCAAAAUAUGAAUAUAGAUGUAAUGUUGAACAAAUUCCAAAAUUCUAUGAGUUCAAUCAACAAAGAUCAAAAUCAUUCAAAGGUUCAUAAUGAUUUGUGUCCAUUCACAGUUAAGGUAGUUGAAACUAAUAGAAGUUUCAGUGCUUUUAUGAAUAAUAUAUUAAAAUAUUCUAAACAAGAAGAUUGUAUGAGUUGUCCAGUUGAAUUUGAAAGUACUCAUCAAUUUAGUUAUAGAAAUAUAUUGGGAGAAAUACCAGCAUGUACACCUAUAAAUAAUUAUCAAUCAAAUAAUUUCCCUAAUAAUAUUCCAGUUCAAAACAUAUCUAAUAUGCUUGUAAAUUUUCCCUUUAUACCUAUUAUAUCUCCAUCAAUCAAUAGUCAUUAUAUAGAGAAUCCGAUUUAUUUUAAUCCAUGUUUUCGUAGUUAUUAUCCUAAUAAUUCACUUCCAGUAAAUUCAAAUAAUCCUUAUGUUUUUAAUAUGCCCUCGUCAAAUAUUGAUGCAAAUUAUUCAUCAAAUAAAAAUAUUAAUAUAUAUCCAUUAAGAACCCCACAUUUACAAAACUCACAUAUGAACUUACCUGUAUCCUCGUGUUUUUCACCAAAUAUUAAUUAUGGAAUAAAUAAUAAUUCUUUGAAUAUGAUGGGUAACCCUAAUUUGCCAAAUUCAAAUAUUAAUAUUCCUGCAUAUCCACCUGAAUUUGUUCUUAUGAAUGCACAAAAAUAUUCUAAUUCUCAAUCAGCACAUGUCCCAUUUUUUCCGCAAUAUCAAUAUCAAAAUUAUUAUGCAUCUUCUCAUGGAAUGAAUCAUACAUAA